UGAUAAGGUAUUUGACACCGGUGUGUGCGCUGGUGUUUUUGAAGCAUGAAAACCGACUCCGGGGACCUACCUGACACGGCCGGUUGCAGCGUGGACCAACAGACAGGAUGAUCCCAGUGGGAGAAUUCCGAAACAUCGGCAUAGAACAGAACUCCAAGUACCGGGUGCUCAAACCGUGGUGGGAUGUUUUCUCCGAGUACCUGUGUGUUGCCAUGCUCAUGAUUGGAGUCUUUGGGUGCACCCUUCAGCUCACUCAAGAUAAGAUCGCCUGCCUGCCAAGUCCCUUCACCAGUCCAACGCCCAGUGCCAUUGACUGCAGCCACAUCCGUAACUACGGCGAGAACGAGACAUGGGCGAGUUUGAAACCCACCAAUCCUGUCAUACGAGAGGUCCUUGGGCGCAAAAAUAACCUGGACAUCCACCAGUACGUCUUCAUCAACCACUAUUGCUACGAGAAGUUUGUGCACUGGUAUGCCAAGUACUUCCCGUACCUGGUGGUCAUCCACACGAUGAUGUUCAUGGUAGCCAGCAGCUUUUGGUUCAAGUUCCCGGGGACGUCCUCCAAACUUGACCUCUUUGUCACCAUCCUGGGAAAAUGCUUCGACUCCCCAUGGACCACCAGGGCUUUGAGUGAGGUUUGUGAGGAACGGAGCGAGGAGAAACUGGUCAGUUUGAGGAGGAGCACUAUGUCCAAAGAUCCACCGGAGAGACGCGCGGACGAGGAAGAGACGCUGCUCCAACGGGUUGGUUCUUCCAAGUCUAAUCCGGAUAAGAAAAGUCCAGAGUCUCAGUCUGCGCUAUCUGUGCUGGAUAAGAAGGGGGGCGAGGAGGCCAAGGCUCUCUUUGAGAAGGUGAAGAAGUUCAGAACUCACGUCGAGGAGGCAGACAUUCUGUACAUCAUGUAUGUCCUGCAAACAUCACUCAAGGUCUUCAAGUUCCUUUUGAUCAUCAUCUACACGGCGGCGCUGUCUCCAAACAUCGAGAUCGUGGUACGCUGCCUGGUUCCGCCUGAGCUGACAGGCUUUGACAUUUAUUGCUGUAACCACAACAAAGCUCAUCUGUUCUCCAAGCUAGCAUAUUGCUACAUCUCCUUUGUGGGGGUCUACGGAAUUUUGUGUAUCUACACCCUCUACUGGCAGUUCCAUCGCCCCCUCAGGGUGUAUUCCUUCGAGCACGUCAGGCUGGAGACGGGCAUCAACGACAUUCCCGACGUGAAGAAUGACUUUGCCUUCCUGCUUCACCUGGUGGACCAAUACGAUGACCUUUACGCUAAAAGAUUCGCUUUCUUUCUGUCCGAGGUCAGCGAGAGCCGUCUUCAUCAGCUCAACCUUAACAACGAGUGGACCGCCAAAAAGCUGCGUGCCCGCCUGGCCAAGAACGCCAGCGACCAGCAGGAGCUGCACUUGUUCAUGUUGCCGGGGCUUCCCGACACGGUCUACGAGCUCGCCGAAAUGCAGUCGCUCAAAUUGGAGCAAGUUAAAAACGUCUUCAUCUCGCCCAGUGUGGCCAAGCUGGACAAUCUUCAGGAGUUGUGGCUGGUCUACUGCCAGGCGAAGCUCCAGCUGCCCGCCUUGAACCAUCUCAAAGAACAACUAAAGGUCCUCCGGCUGUGGUUUGAAGGUGUAGACCAGGUGCCCGAGUGGACGUACCACCUGCAACGACUAGAGGAGUUACACCUGAAUGGCCCGUUAGCCACCUUGGACUCGCUUCGAGAGCUUACCGCCCUGAGGGUUCUCACCAUGCGCUCCAACCUGACAAAGAUCCCAGCCAGCAUCUGCGACGUCCCGCUGCAGCGUUUGAGCAUCUACAAUGAAGGCAGCAAGAUCCAGGCCUUCAGCAGCCUGAAGAAGCUCACCAACCUGGUGUCGCUGGAGCUGGUGGGCUGCGAGCUGGAGCGAAUCCCAAGCGCCGUCUUCAGUCUGAGCAACCUGCAGGAGUUGGACCUGAAAGAAAACAAGCUGACCACCGUGGAGGAGAUUCUGAGUCUACAGCACUGCCAGCGACUGGUGAAGCUGCGGCUGUGGCACAACAAAAUCACCUACGUCCCGGAUCACAUCAGCAAGCUCCACGCCCUGGAGACUCUGGACAUCAGCUGGAAUAAGCUCCGAAAGCUCCCCAGCCGCUUGUUCUACUGCACCAAGCUCAGGCACCUGGAUGUCUCCCAUAACCAGAUCACCUCCAUCCCGCCUGAGGUGGGCAUCCUGCAGGGCCUCCAGUUCUUCUCUGCCGCGUUCAACUCGUUAGAGACGUUACCUGACGAACUGUUCUCCUGUAAACGACUAAAUACUCUGGCUCUUGGGAACAACUGCUUGUUCUAUCUGAGCUCCAGGGUCGCCAAUCUGACCCAAUUGGUCCGACUGGAGGUUAAAGGGAACCGCCUGGACGCUCUGCCUGCGGAGGUGGCAGACUGUCCCAUGCUGACCUCCAAUGGGAUCAUAGCAGAGGACAGCCUGCUGGAGAUGUUGCCAUCAGAGAUGCGCAGCAGGUCGAGUACCGGCUGAGCUGAAGUCUUACUUCACUUUGCGUGUCGGAUUUAACACCUAGACCAGAUUUUUUUUGGACUUGUUCUUAUUUGCUACUAGUCAUGAAAGUGGAACACAAUUCAUUCCAAGUUUUUAUCGGAAAUAAUACACAUAAAAUACUGUAAUUGGGUCACUUGGACCAUGAAAACCUAAAAGGGAAAGGAUGAACUGAAAAUAUUUUUUUUGCAUAAGUACCGUUUUCUAUUUUCUAUUCAUAUAUUGAUUAUUUUGUAUGGAAGUCUUUUUAUAGUACCCUGUUGACAAAGGACGACAUAUCUUUGCAAGCUAGCACCCGCUACCACUUAACCUAUGCCUUACAUUCAUUCAUUCAUUUUCUACCGCUUAUCCUCACAAGGGUCGCAGGGGUGCUGGAGCCUAUCCCAGCUGUCUUCGGGCGAGAGGCGGGGUACACCCUGGACUGGUCGCCAGCCAAUCACAGGGCACAUAUAGACAAACAACCAUUCAUACUCACAUUCAUACCUAUGGACAAUUUGGAGUCAGCAAUUAACCUACAUGUUUUUGGAAUGUGGGAGGAAACCGGAGAACUCCACACAGAGAUGGGCCGAGGGUGGAAUGGAACCCUAGUCUGCCAGCUGUGAGGUCUGCGUGCUAACCACUCGACCACCGUGCAGCCUCUAUGCCUUACAAUCUUCCAAAUUUGAUAAUUUCGCUCAAAUAUGACGUUUUGUCUCUCCAAAUCUUGUAUCCGUACGUGUGUGUCAACAUAAAAUGAGCGGUAGAGUUUGAGCUUGUAAUCAAUGAAGUAUGCUAAGGAAGUUAGCAUUUCUUCUUUGUUACAAUAUGAGCAUCUCAUUUUUGGAGUUUGAAUGCAGCGUUUAUAGUUGGUCGUUCCAACUCUUUGGAUGGAAAAGGUUUUCCCACAGUGUCGCAUUGCUGCCUUUCAGUUCCCAAACAAGUGGAGGUUGACAGUGAAGGGAGCUUUUUUUGUAGCGGAGUAAAAGAUGUCCUUUGUUGAUAGGCUCAGUCCAACUGAGAAGACUGAUUCACACACACACACACACACACACACACACACACGUAAGUAGAAAUAAGUUGUGAUAUACUUUUUCGAACCCCUUAAUGAACGAACAAGAAGGAUUCUUUGUUCUGUCUUUUACUACCUCGCUAUUUAAAUGUUUAAAAGACGGGUGUUGACUCAAACAUGGUCACGGUUGUUACAGAUUGGAUUAUUUUUCAGAGGAACAUUUAGCAAUAAAAAUGCUGACUGCUCGUUGCUUCCUGCUAUUUCUGAUCAUGUCCUCCUCUCAAACAUGGACUCUGGGUUGUUGGGGUUUUUUUUUUAUGUUUCACACCCAGCUGCAGCACAGUCAUGUAGUAACUUGUUCAACCAUGUCAGCUGACAGACAUACCUUUACACCAUUACAGUACGGCAACACACCUUCACUGCUUCUAAUGCUGUACACACACAUGUCCUUUUUAUGUUAUAUUUGGUCUACUCAUAAAGGGAUAACAUUGAGAAUGCUGCAAAAUACAACACUUCAAAGAAAGCUGAUGUAAAUUACAUACAGUGUUGCUGCUACUGGAACCUUCAUUUCCCUGAGUCAUCACUCAAAUUCUAUCUAAUCUAAUCUAAUCUAAUCUUCAGCGAUACAAACUACCACCACCAAUCUUCCUCAUCGUCUUCAGCUCCCACAAUACAAACAUCAAAAAGACACCAAGGUGUGUCCUCCCAUGACUCCAACUCCCAUCCACCCUCUUUACCAACAUGCCAAACUAAGCCACCUUGUUUAGCUAGGGUGUAUUUACACGCCCUUCAAGACACGCCCCCAUUCACCAGUCAGGGAAGUCCUGCAGUGCUACCUGGUGGCAGGGAAGCACUUUCACCACAAGCCAAAUGCAUCAUUUGAUAACUGUAUUAACAUAAACAAGUCACAUUUGUUGUGAAUGUGUUCAAAAAACAAAAAAAAACCACCACCCAUUAGUUGGGAAAAUAGAGUUUCAUAUUCUGACAAUACAAUUACCAAUGAAAGUCUACAGCACCUCCUGGAGAGUAGCAGCAGCAUGUUGUAGUCAAAAAAAUUAAAUGUAGAAAUGUUUAUAACAUAUAACUGAUAUAUAACAUAACGCUGAUAUGCAGGCUGUUUUAAUAUUUUUGUUUGUCGAAUACCCCCCACCCCCCAUUUCAUGAUUUUAUUUAAAGAAAAGAACCUGUACUGUUCUCAGGUACCACUAGAUGGAGCCAGCGUACCAACAGUGCUAAAUACAUUUACCAAAUAACAAAACAACAGCCCACAUCUCAGCUUGGAUUCUCAGAUUUUAACUACAUUUAUUAUUCAUUCAUUCAUUCAUUCAUUUUCUACCGCUUUUCCUUUUGGAAUGUGGGAGGAAACCGGAGUACCCGGAGAAAACCCACGCAUGCACGGGGAGAACAUGCAAACUCCACACAGAGAUGCCCGAGGGUGGAAUUGAACACUGGUCUCCUAGCUGUGAGGUCUGUGCGCUAACCCCUAGACCACCGUGCCGCCCACAUUUAUUAUUCCUGCAGCUAAAUCACCAUUUUGAGGGCAUCAACAUACUUGAAAACUUACCAAAUAUUGGUGAAAAUAGUCCACAUUCAUUACGGGUUUCAGCCAUAUGACCUCAAGGCAGUUUGCGUCACUUCCGGUGAGAAGAUGGUGGAAAGCAUCAUGUAGAUCACAUACACACUCAAGACAUUCAUUCAUUCAUUUUCUACUGCUUAUCCU